CAGGCCGAGGCCCCCCGAGGAGGCCCCCCCGGCAUGUCGCCGCCCCGCGCCUUCCCGGAGCCCGAGUAUUCGGCCGACUGGUCGGUGAGCCUGCCCUCCGAGGCGGAGCGGGGUCCCCACGCCCCCACCGCCCGGCGACCCCGCGAGGUGACGGGGGGCGGGUCGGGCCCCUGCCCGCGCCCGCCCGGCUCCGUGCGGCUGGCCUUCGUCCCCGCCUCCCUGGAGAGGCUCUACCAGACCUACUUCAGACGGCAGCGCCACGACACCCUGCCGGUGCUGGGCAUCUUCGCCGCGCUCUUCGACUGCUACGUCCUGCUCACGUGCGGCCCGGCCUUCUCCCCCGACCGGGCGGCCCCCUUGGCGGUGGCGGGCGGGGGGCUGCUGCUGGCCGCCCCGCUGCUCGUCCCCCUCGGGAAGGGGCCCCCGGCCGCCCGCCCGGCCCGCCUGGCCCGCCGGGCCGGUCCCUACCUGCUGUGGCUGCUCGUCGUCGCCCAGAUAUUCUGCUACCUGGGCCUGGCCUUCUUCCGCGCCCACGCGGUCGGCGACGCGGCGGGCUGGCUGGCCUUCUUCGUCUUCUCGUCCUUCGUCACGCUGCCCCUCGGGCUGGCGCCCCUGGUGCUGGUGUCCGGGGCCCCCUGCGCCCUCCACACCUUGGUCCUGGGCGUCGCCGUCGCGCGGCGGCGGCGGGAGCGGCCGGACGGGGCCGAGCCGCUGAGAGAGGUCCUGGCCAAUGUGGUCAUCUACCUCUGCGCCAUCGCCGUGGGCAUCAUGUCCUACUACAUGGCCGACCGCAAGCACCGCAAGGCCUUUCUGGAGGCUCGCCAGUCCCUCGAGGUCAAGAUCAACCUGGAGGAACAGGGGCAGCAGCAGGAAAGCCUGAUGCUGUCCAUCUUGCCCAAACACGUGGCAGACGAGAUGCUGAAGGACAUGAAGAGGGAUAAGACGCAGAAGGAGCUGCAGCAGUUCAACACCAUGUACAUGUACCGACACGAGAACGUCAGCAUCCUGUUUGCGGACAUCGUGGGCUUCACGCAGCUGUCUUCCACCUGCAGCGCCCAGGAACUGGUCAAGCUCCUCAAUGAGCUGUUCGCCCGUUUCGAUAAGCUGGCGGCCAAAUACCACCAGCUGCGGAUCAAGAUCCUGGGCGAUUGUUACUACUGCAUCUGCGGGCUCCCGGACUACCGAGAGGACCACGCCGUCUGCUCCAUCCUCAUGGGGCUCGCCAUGGUGGACGCCAUCUCGUAUGUGCGGGAGAAGACGCAGACCGGGGUGGACAUGCGAGUCGGGGUGCACACGGGCACGGUGCUGGGCGGCGUGCUGGGGCAGAAACGCUGGCAGUACGACGUCUGGUCCACGGACGUCACCGUCGCCAACAAAAUGGAAGCCGGGGGCAUCCCGGGGCGGGUGCACAUCUCCCAGAGCACCCUGGACUGCCUGAAGGGCGUCGAGGUGGAGCCGGGCAACGGGGGGCAGCCGGUGCACUAUCUGGAGGAGAAGGGGAUCGUCACCUACCUCAUCCGCGCGUCCGGGCCGGCCCGGCCGCGGCCAGAGUGGCCGUCAACGUGUGGUGAGGGACCGCCGGGCGCGGGGGCGGAUGGGGGCGGGGGGCCCCCGCGCCCACCGACCUCUGACCGCGUGGUGCCUCUGCCCGCCAAAGAGCAGAACGGGAGCGUCAACACCACCUGCUCCAGCCCCCGGCAGCCCCUUGACCCUGCCCCACAGGUGGUUAACCCUUCCUUCCCCAAUCCCCGUCGGCGCCUGCGCCUGCGCGACUUGGCCGAAGGGUGGGUCGACGCCUCCGAGCACGAACACGAGCUCAAUCAGCUGCUCAACGAGCCCUCCUGGAGCGGGAGUCGGGCCCAAGGGGUGGGGGCAAAGGGCAGGACCACCUUCCUGCUGUCCAUCCGCUUCGUGGAUCCGGAGCUGGAGAGCCGCUACUCUGUGGAGAAGGAGAAACAGAGUGGGCCGCGUUCAGCUGUUCCUGCGUGGUUUCUCUUCUGCACGGCCCUCGUCUGGCUGAUGGCCAAUACGUGGACCUUCGUGGUGGGGGAGGGGCUCCUGCUGAUCCUGACCGUGGGUUCCCUGGCGGCCAUCUUCCCCGGUAAGGUGUUCCCCGAGAAGCUGGUGGCCUUCUCCACCUGGAUCGACAGGACACGCUGGGCCAGGAACACUUGGGCUAUGGCGGCCAUCAUCAUCCUCAUCAUGGCCGACCUUCUCAGCUGCCUGAACCGCUCCGGGGAUCCCGGCAACUGGACGGCGGCAGGCGGCUGUGCCGCGAACCCCAAAUACUCCAGCUACGUCGCGGUCCUGACCCUGAUCGCCACCGUCAUGCUGGUGCAGGUCAGCCACAUGGUCAAGCUCACCCUCAUGCUGCUGCUCUUGGUGGGCGUGGGCGUGGUCAACAUCUACGCCUGGCACCCCGCCUUCGACCGGUACGACCGCCAGCAGCUCCGGGAGCACGGCAGCUCGCCCCACCUCAACAGCCCGGAGAAUCGGGCGCCGUUUCCCGGCCCGCUCAACGGCACCAGCAGCCUGCCCCUGGUCCCCUCCAAGUACUCGAUGACGGCGAUGAUCUUCGUAAUGAUGCUGAGUUUUUACUAUUUCUCUCGCCAUGUGGAGAGGCUGGCGCGGACGCUGUCCUGUGGAAAGAUGGAGGUGCACGACCAGAAGGAGCGCGUCUACGAGAUGCGGCGCCUGGAACGAGGCCUGGUCACCAACAUGCUGCCGGACCACGUGGGCCCGACACUUCCUGGGCUCCAAGAAGAGGAUGAGGUGAGGACCCCCACCCCCCGACAUCCCCCGGGCCCGCCGGGGGGCUCCCGCGCUCACCGACACGUGGCGGGGCCUCCCGGCGUCGACGGGAGCGGCCCCCGCCGGGCCCUCCUCGCUCUCCUUCUCCCGUGUCCCCAGGAACUCUACAGUCAGGCCUACGACGAGAUCGGGGUCAUGUUCGCUUCGCUGCCCAACUUCGCCGACUUCUACACGGAGGAGAGCAUCAACAACGGCGGCAUCGAGUGCCUGCGCUUCCUCAAUGAGAUUAUCUCCGACUUCGACUCCCUCCUAGACAACCCUCAGUUCCGGAUCAUCACCAAGAUCAAGACCAUCGGCAGCACCUACAUGGCCGCAUCCGGGGUCACCCCAGAGGCCAACACCAACGGCUUUACCAGCGCCAGCAAGGAGGGCCAGUCGGACAAGGAGCGCUGGCAGCACCUGGCCGACCUGGCCGACUUCGCCCUGGCCAUGAAGGACACGCUGACCAGCAUCAACAACCAGUCUUUCAACAACUUCAUGCUGAGAAUCGGUAUGAACAAAGGCGGGGUUCUGGCAGGGGUCAUCGGCGCCCGCAAGCCCCACUACGAUAUCUGGGGGAACACGGUUAACGUGGCCAGCAGGAUGGAGUCCACCGGGGUCAUGGGCAACAUCCAGGUGGUGGAGGAGACGCAGGACAUCCUCCGGACGUUCGGCUUCCGCUUCGUGCGGCGCGGCCGUGUCUUCGUCAAGGGCAAAGGGGAGCUGCUGACCUUCUUCCUCAAGGGGCGGGAGAAGGUGGCCCCUUUCCCCAACGGCAGCUCCUCCGUCACCCUGCCGCACCAGGUGGUCGACUGCUCCUGAAGGCACCGCGCCCCCCUGCCCCCCGCCGGGAAGGACCCGGGCUGGCGGGGGGGAACCUGCGGUGGGGUCUGGCCCCACGCUCACAUCCCCACGCUCUGCCCCAAGGAGCCGAGACCAGGUCUCGCGCCGCCGUCGCCACUUAGUCGCAGCUGCCUCCCUCUCCUCUCCCCGCCCCACCCCCUCUCCUGGAGGAGGGAGCCGGAGGCUGCCCGCCGCCCAACCGCCUGCCUGCCCCUCUCGCCCCCGGGCAGCCGCGGCGCGGGGCAGCCGGGGAAGGACGCGGGGCGGCACCGCCCGCCGCCGGACCGGGCCGGGCCGAGCCCGCGGUCCCCGCCGUCGGCCCGCGGGAAGGUCAGGGACCCUGGGGUUCGGCCGGCCGCCGGGGGCCGGGGCCCGGCCCGGCUCCCAGCGGCCGAAGCGGGAGGAGAGCGCGCGUGCAAUACUUCCUUUCACUUGGAGAGAAAAUAAUUGUGUAUUUCAAGAGGAAAAUAUAUUCUAUCUACAAACAGA